AUAAAACAUAUUUAAAACGUCAUUUAAGGACUUCUGAAUGUGGAUUUCGGUUAUAACAUAUACUUUCGAUUUAGACAAACAUAAUGUUAGAUUCGUGAUUUGGACGCUCUUAGCUGGUUUACUGAUUUAUUAUGAAAUGACUCAUUGAUGUAUUAAUAUCUCGUGAACUGUCUAAUUCGUAAUUAUAGAUGGAGGUAUCUGGAAAAAGACGUGACCCUGACCUUGACAAGGGCUCCGCUGGCACAACUGUCUACUGCCAGCCGUGUGAAGAGGAAGGCAAACGCGCUGUAGCCCAGGGAUUCUGUCAGACCUGCCAAGAGGACAUGUGUGAUCCCUGUAUCAAGGCCCAUAAGAAAUUCAAGGUGUCCAGGAACCACAUUAUGUUGUCCAAAGAUAAGAUGCCGUCCUCCUACCCGUCCACUAAGCAGUCGGACAUCGGCGUAACUAAAUAUUGUAGAAAGCAUCCGAAUGAAAUGAUCAAGUUUUACUGUCCGACCCACAGCGACCUUGGUUGUGGUGACUGUGUAGUCAUCGGUCAUCGCACGUGCAAAGUCGACUACAUUGAUGAUGUGUCUAAAGAUUUCACCAAUGGAAGGGAAUUCAGGGAGCUGGAACCAUCUAUUAAACGAGCAGAAGAUCUUCUAUCUGGGUGCAUAAGUAAAGUAAAGGAGCUUUUUGACGAGGUCGAGCACCAUUAUAAGGAUGAGAUUGACAGACUGAGAAUGUUCCGUGCAGAAAUCAAUACGUACCUGGACCGACGCGAGAAGGAGUUGCUCGGCAACAUCCAGAAAAUGAAGACCGAGGAUGAAAGCGUGCUGACUGAACUCAAGACUGAUUGUGAGUUGGCGAAAUGCGGACUUGUGGUCACUAAGACAGAGCUGACUUCCUGUGACGUCUCGUAUAACCAGCGGUACGUGACGGCAAGGAGAGCCCAGAAGGAGCUACGAGAGAUUCAUGACAAGAUGCAGAAGAUGGCUGGUAGGUUGAAGGCCCAGAAGUAUCGAUUUGUUAAAGACGCGGACACUGAGGGGCUGCUGGAGUCGAAAAUGGGCCUUGGAUCACUGGACGUGUCGGAAGAGUUUGUUCCAGUUCCUGACCUCUCCACUGUGACAUGGAAGAAGGAGGCGGAUAUCAACGUUAGAACGACUCAAGACAAGAAAACCUGCUGGAUAAGUAGCUCAGCCCUGAUCUCGCCUGGUCUCUUCCUUCUCGCUGACUUCAAUAAUAGCUGUGUCAAACUGGUAGACGUUAGCACCCGCACCGUCACGGCCCGCCUCCAGCUGCCAGGCUACCCCUGCGACGUGUGUGUGCCCGCUGAUGACCAGGCCGCCGUCACUUUCCCGUAUAACUCCAUGAUUCAGCUGGUGUCAACAAAAGGAGGACAGUUGUCGUGUGGAAAGGAAAUUAAAGUAUCACCUGACUGUCGUGGUAUUACGUCUUAUGACAACAGAUUAUACGUUUCGUACCAAUCAAACCCGCGUAUUGAAGUGAUGACAUUGGAUGGUCAUAUAAUAAGUACAUUCCAAACAGAUGAUGGAAGACAACUUUUCCAAGCACCAUUUCACCUGACUGUGUCAGCUUCAACACCACCAACCCUGUACGUGUCUGACUACACUGCCAACACCGUUCUCCAGCUGACCCUGGACGGGAAGGUCCUGCGUGAGUACCGAGACGAGCAGCUCAACAGUCCCGAGACCGUGGUGGAGGUAGGGCCCGGUCAGGUGCUCGUGUGUGGGGAAGAUAGCAGCAUCGUGAUGCUACUGACGGAGAGGGACGGCAAGGUGACGGAAUUACUGGGACAGAAGGACGGACUGACCCAACCAUUUUCAAUUGCGUUCUGUCCUAACACACCUGCCAUAGUUGUCGGGAUGAACAAUGAUGACUCACUGAAGGUCUUUAAUGCAAAUUGACAGCUUUUCUUUAUCAGUCAUGAUUUUGCUUGCUCUGACCUAAUUAUCAUGUAUUCAAUGAUGUUUGAGCAAGAGAAUAGUAAAUGCAAUCAUUUUUAUUGUUCAACAAAUGCUUAUUUGCUCAUUGUAAUCGAGUUUUAUCAAUCUGAAUGAACAUUGCUAUGUAUUUGAAACAAAAAUGGGAAGAAUGGUAGAAUGUGUACAUGUAUCUGUCUUCGAAGUUUUGUAAAUAGCGAAAAUGUCAUUGAUGCUUAAGGCCAUUCAUGUAUACGUACAUGUACCUAAUAAAUACUAUUAGUAUUUUGCAGUUUUAUUUU